CAAAUCACUCUCUGCUCUUCAAAGUUGGAAGUUGGAACUUGAUAUUUUGAUAGUAGCGGCGAGCGGCGAGCGACGAGCGACGAGAGGGUGUUUCGUUUCCUGCCAUCGAGCGGUUGUGUUGACUGUUGAGCAUGAGCAGUCGAUCAGAAGAGUAGACUAAAAGGAAAUUAAGAGGUUAUCUGGCGGAAUCGGAAUGGGUGCUCUGGAUCAUUUAUCUGAUCUUUUUUAUUGCACUUCCCGCAGCAAGAAGAAGUUCAAGAAUCGCAAGCAAUUACAGACUGUGGAGAUAAAGGUGAAGAUGGACUGUGAGGGGUGCGAGAGGAAAGUGAAGAAGGCAGUAGAAGGGAUGAAAGGGGUGACACAAGUAGAAGUAGAGCCAAAGCAAAGCAAGGUUACAGUGAUAGGGUACGUAGAACCGAAGAAGGUACUGAAGCGAAUACAAGCAACAGGGAAGAAGGCCGAGUUCUGGCCCUACGUCCCAUACGAUGUGGUGCCACAUCCCUACGCACCUGGGGCCUACGACAAGAAGGCCCCACCAGGGUACGUGCGGAAUGUUCUACAGGACCCUGUGGCUUCCAAGUUGGCACGUGCCAGCACCAUGGAAGAGCGCUAUUCCUCUGCCUUCAGCGACGAUAACCCGAACUCCUGUGCCGUUAUGUAAACCAUAAAACCCUGUUCAUCGUGUUUCGUAUAGCCUAGACAUUGAUCAAAGAUUAACUGCGGGUAAUUAAUAGCCUAAUUCGGGGGGAUGGUCUGUGUGUAUGCAUGAUUGAAUUGUAUGUACUAUGUGGAAUGGAUGAUGAUUUUGAUAUGUAGUUGGAACUUGGAUGUUUGUUUCGGACGGUCCUGCUGGGCCGACUGUUUAGUUGUUUCAUUUUUUCAAUCACUGUGUUCUAGAGGGCUUGGUUUUCAGUUUGGAUUUUUCAAACACUGUACUCUAUCAUGUUUAGUUGUUUCGUUUGUAUGAAUGAGAUGAAUCAUUAUUGCAAUUCUGCAUCA